GUGAUUGGUCGGCAUCCACUGGGCUGAUGAGUGAAAUAGUGGCUCCGGCAAAGCGAAAAAACUGCAAAGGGGAAGCGUGUUCUCAGUAGUUUAGGCGGUCUUCGGUCUUUUUCUCGUUCCUGUCGAGGAUCUCCGACUAUCUUGCAAUUAUGACGCAGGCAGAGUUUGAUAAAGCAGCUGAAGAAGUUAAGAACCUGAAGACACAACCAUCAGAUCAAGAAUUGCUGGAUCUCUACGCCCACUUUAAGCAAGUUACAGUUGGAGAUACAAAUACAGAACGCCCUGGAAUGUUUGAUUUAAAAGGCAAAGCGAAGUGGGACGCCUGGAAUAAAUUAAAAGGUAUGUCCAAAGAAGAUGCAAUCAAAAUAUAUAUAGCCAAAGUUAAUGAGAUGAAGGAGAAAUAUGGAAUGAAAUGAACUCCUGCCUGAAUGGAAAUAUGCUUUACUAACAAUAUGGAUACUUAAAUUGUAUAGCACACAGUACUGCCAACAGUGCCAAACAUUUGCCACUUCUGAAUAGCUGUGUAAAUUUUCUUCUAAUGGUUUAUAGAAUAAAAAUACCCAGUCAGUGUUCAACUGAUUGGUAACAACA